AAUGUUUGACACAUGACAUUUUGACACGCAUCGUUUGCACAUCGUAAGUUUUGUAGUUAAACAUUUUAUUUCAAUAAUACCUUAAUAGGGACAUAACAGCUAAGAUAAAAUCCGUUUGCAUUUAGUGUUGUAUUGAUCUACCAUGGCUGAUGUAUUGGAUAUUGAGAAUUCCGAAGAAUUUGAGGUUGACGAGGACGGCGAACAGGGAAUCGCAAGACUGAAAGAGAAGGCGCGUAAACGUAAAGGUCGUGGAUUUGGCAACGAAAGCGGUGGCGGCGGCGCAGCAGAGCGCGGGAAUAGGGGAAGAUAUGAUAGUUUAGCGCCAGAAGGUGAUGGUAAUGCACCAGGACCGCAGAGAUCUGUAGAGGGUUGGAUAUUGUUUGUCAGCAAUGUUCAUGAAGAAGCACAGGAAGAAGACAUACAGAAUCAGUUCUCAGAGUUUGGUGAGAUUAAAAAUAUACAUUUAAACUUGGAUCGCCGUACUGGAUUCUUAAAGGGAUAUGCUUUAGUUGAAUAUGAAACAUACAAACAAGCUGCGAGUGCCCGUGAGUCAUUAGAUGGUGCUGAUAUCUUGGGACAGGCAAUCUCAGUGGACUGGUGUUUUGUAAAGGGACCAACCAAAACCCACAAGAAGAGGCGAUAAAUCUUUUCUAUUUAAUAAAUAAAUCAUUAGAGUUAUGUAUUGCACUAAUUAUUAUUAGUUAAAAGUUUUUAUUUGUAACACCAGAUUCCUGUUUAAUAUUUUAAAAUAAUAUGCAAUGUUUGACCAGGUGAAAGUGUACUAAAUAAUGUAUUAGUUAUGAACAGAUAAUGUGCUUUAGUUAACAUUUUCAUAAAAGUUAACACAUUCAAUGCCACCAAUUUGUGUAUGGAAACUUUUGUACACAAAAAGUUAGUGGCAUUGAAAGUUUUAAAUGUUUGUCAAUAUUUUUAUGUAGCUUUAUAGCAUAAAAAAGUGCUUUGCAUAACUCUGUAUGUAAUGUCUAUUACUUAGGCAUAAGCUAAUAUAGAUAAGUCUUUCAUA